GUGAAUUGUAAAGUAAGGCAUGUGAUCAAUGGAUAAAGAGAAAGAAAUGAAAAAAUGGUUUUGCAUUUUUUGUAUAUAAGCAAGUAUCCUUCAACUACCAAAUAAAAAAGUUUGACUCAGUGGAAGCACCGUCACUUGAGAAAGUAAAUUCGGAUUCAUCUUCCGAAAAUCUCCACAUUUCAAAAAAUUCAAGCGUUACAAAACUUCGCGCAUAUAUAAAAUCACUUUUUUUUUUCUCACUUCUUUUUUCCUUUUUUUCUUUCCCCAUAUUUUCUUUUUUAAUAUAUCUUUUCUUUUUUUUUAUUUUUAUUUUCUUCUUAUAUAUCAUGUCUGUUCAAUCUGCUGUUAGUCUUUUGAAAUCAGCUGUUCCCGGUGUGGCUGUUAUUGGAAAAGUAACUCCUGCUCAAGCUGAAAUCUUGAGUCCUUCUGCAUUACAAUUCGUUGCUACUCUUCAUCGUAUUUUCAAUCCUACUCGUAAGACUUUAUUACAAAAACGAAACUUCCGUCAACAAGAAUUGGAUCGUGGUGUUCUUCCUGACUUUUUACCUGAAACUGCUUAUAUCCGUAAUGACCCUAAUUGGCGUGCUGCUGUACCUGCUCCUGGUCUUCAAGAUCGUCGUGUUGAAAUUACUGGUCCUGUUGAUCGUAAAAUGGUCAUUAAUGCUUUGAAUGCUGGUACUUCUACUUUUAUGGCCGAUUUUGAAGAUUCAAGUGCUCCUACUUGGGAAAACAUGAUCAGUGGUCAAUACAAUUUACGUGAUGCUGUCCGUGAAACCAUCACCUUCAGUAAUCCUAAUGGUAAGAAGUAUGAACUACGAAAGGAUGGUAAGAUCGCUACUCUCAUUGUUCGUCCCCGUGGUUGGCAUAUGGUUGAAAAGCAUGUCCUUAUUGAUGGUGAACCUUGCUCUGCUUCCAUCUUUGAUUUUGCUCUUUACUUCUUCCACAAUGCCAAGGAACUUAUUAAGCGUGGAAAAGGUCCUUACUUUUAUCUUCCCAAGAUGGAAUCUCAUCUUGAAGCUAGACUUUGGAAUGAUAUCUUCAAUGUUGCUCAAGAUAUGAUCAAUAUCCCUCGUGGUACUAUCCGUGGUACUGUUCUCAUUGAAACUAUUCUUGCUGCUUUCGAAAUGGACGAAAUCAUCUAUGAAUUACGUGAUCAUUCUUCUGGUUUGAACUGUGGUCGAUGGGAUUAUAUCUUCUCUUUCAUCAAGAAACUUCAAAACCAUCCUCAAUUUGUCUUGCCUGAUCGUGCUGAUGUUACCAUGACCGUUCCUUUCAUGGAUGCUUAUGUUCGUCUUUUGGUCCAAACUUGUCACAAACGUGGUGUUCAUGCUAUGGGUGGUAUGUCUGCUUUCAUCCCUGUCAAGAAUGAUCCCAAGGCUAAUGAUGCUGUUACCAAGAAGGUCUAUGAUGAUAAACUUCGAGAAGUUCAAGCUGGUCAUGAUGGUACCUGGGUUGCUCAUCCUGGUCUUGUACAAAUUGCUUUGGAUGUUUUCAAUGAACAUAUGCCUCAACCUAAUCAAAUUCACAUUCGUCGUGAUGAUGUUGUCGUUAAGAAUACUGAUUUAUUGAAUAUCAACUUCAAGGGUGCUGUUACUGAAAAGGGUAUCCGGGAUAACAUCCAAGUUGGUCUUGAAUAUAUGGAAGCUUGGUUACGAGGCAUUGGUUGUGUUCCAAUUCACGGUCUUAUGGAAGAUGCCGCUACUGCCGAAAUUUCUCGUUCUCAAUUAUUCCAAUGGGCCAAGCAUAAUACUAUCACUGCUGAAGGUACUCGUGUCACUGGUCAAUGGCUUUUGAAGAUCCUUGAUGAAGAAACUGAAAAGAUCCGUCAACGACUUGGAGACAAGUAUGGUAAUACUAAGUUUGAAGCUGCUAAAGCUGCUUUCGCUACCAAUGUUACAGGUGAAAAGCUUGAUGACUUCUUGACCACUCUCCUAUAUGAUGAUAUUGUCACUGUCUCUCAUCAAGCUCGUCUAUAAAUGGUCCUACUGUUUGUUUUUAUCUUCCAAUCUCCUUUAUCACAAAUGUACAGCACUUUUUUUUUCCUUCAUCACAUAACAAUACAAACAUUAUCCUUAACCUUUUAGUUCUAUAGUAUAUUCAUCUUUUUUAAAUAUUGUUACCCUAUUUUUCCAUUCUUCACAUUUGUAUUUUUUUUUUUCCUUCCUUCCCCCACCUCCACUUCUGUUCGUUUGAUUUUAUUUUAAUAAUAAAAAAGAAAUAUUCUUAGUAGUUUCACUAUAUAAAUAUA